GUUUGCCAUAUCCAAAUUUUCAGCGGCGGGAGCUGUGUUCCUUUUCUUUCUCCAAGUCGUUAAGAUGGAACUGAAUUCGGGUCCGUGCCCAGAUGUCGGAAAACACACUAAACUGUCAGGUUUCACCGACGCAAUGGUUUGGUCGAAUUUUGUGUGGGGCAGCGGCAUAUCUAAUCCAACCUGUCAGCACGUCUUUAUGAAGCACAUUCUAGAUAUUCAGGCCAAGAGGGUAACAUUCAUGGGAGGCGAUAAUAAGAACUAUUUGGUAUUCGGACUUUGUUAUUUCGAGGACAAACUUACGGAUAUGCACGCAUUUGGUGCAUAUGGCGUCACUUUAAGCCAACAUCCAGAUGAAGCAACGAAGAAGAGAAUUUAUGAAAUAUUUGCUAAAAAUAAUAUGAGUACAAAUGAGUUAAUUGAACCAUGUCUGGACGGUCUAGUAUCCAAAUGAAAAACGCGCAUUAAUAUUAAAACAAAUGCUCUUAAUUGUUGGCGUUCUGCUUUCAGCAAACUAUUUAUCAUUCGCCUUUUGCACAAAUAAGUUCGGCUGGGGCUAGCUGUGCCUAGUUGUGCUAAUUUUAGUUGUUAAGUCAAUGUCUUGUAAAAUCAAGUUUAAGCUUAAGGCUUGAAAAUAAAUUGUAAACUCUAUAUAUUUUAAA